AGAGAAGGGUUUGCCGGUACGGCGACGGGCGGCGGAAUUGCUCCGAUCAGCGAUCAGCAAUUGGAAUUAAAAUUCGUAGGAUAAUUUACACACAAGGGAGACAACAGUACGAAGAAUGGAUAAGGGCAAGAAUGACGUCAGCAAUGGCGAAGAAGAACGAAGGCAUAAGUUAUGCAAGCGGUGCAAGCAGUCGUACGCAGCUUCUUCUUCUUCUAACACCGCCGAUUCCUGCCGAUUUCAUCCUUCGUUCUUCGUGUGCCGCCGCCACGACGAUCAGAAGAGGUACUAUGAACUGGGACCGAACGAUCCUCCAUAUGCUGCCAAAUUUUACGAUUGUUGUGGAGCGGAGGAUGUAAAUGCACCUGGCUGCACCACCAGCUCUCAUAUUUCGUACGAUGAUGAAUAAAUAACGAUAGCUGCAUCUCCCAUCAUCCUUAUCAAAAGUGAGUAUUAAUCGGUAUAGUAUAUAUAAACCACCCGAGCUAAGAAUGCAGAAAGAGUACUUGUUGUUUUGACAUGAAUCUUGUGAGUAUAUUAAAACAUUUCUGCAGUCGAAAAGCUGGUGUGUAUAUCAAUAAAUGUUUUUUUAUUUAUUUUAAAUUUAAAUUUAAAAUAUAAUAGAGAUUGAAAGAGGAACAUGGCAUCCUCAAUAUUAUGAGUUAUUGGGGAUGAAAUUAGUGGUUAGUCUGUCCCACGUUUGCUCACUCCUGUCAUUUAGAUAUCACCUCCAUUCCCAUGUGAAUCCAUUCAUUUCUUUGCUUUUAUUAUUUUAAUGUGACUUAAUUAUUUUGUUUCCUGGUUGUUGCUACUUCAGUGUCUUUUCUUUCAAUAUAAAUCAACACAUUUUAA